GUGCGGUGUUGUUUUCUUUGUAACUGAAGGCUUUCAUGGCGGCUAUGCUGAAGAAUUGUGCGAGACGGGGUGCGUAAAAACAAAAGGUUUGAAAUAAGAUUCAAGCCUUAUAGAAAUUGAAUAACAACUGUUUCGAAAUCAAACUCAAGCUUCCCAACAACAAAGUAGUACGCCCACAUCAACACAGAGCACAAUCUCAGCAUCUGAGGACAAAGCUGCUGGCUACUUACACACCGUACAAGUUGUGGCAAGUAACAAAAUGUCAGCAGUGAGUCGGAAAGUUAGCAACCCUCAGUGGAAAAACUUCCAGCCGCCAGCAGUACAAGACCCAGCCAUUGUCUCAUACGGACGAACACCAAGCAGUCCCACAGUCCUCAAUGGUGUACCUCUAUCCCCGGGCAUCAUGAACAGCAACCAGUCCCUGAGAGAGACCGGUCUCAUCGAGAAGCUCCUGCACUCGUACGGGUUCGUGCAGUGCUGCGACCGGGAGGCUCGCCUGUUCUUUCACUACAGCGAGUUUCAAGGUGAUGCGGAGAGUUUGAAGAUCGGGGAUGCGGUAGAGUUCCAGAUGUCGUACGAUCGGCGCAACGGACGCCCUGUGGCCUGUAACAUGGUUAUGACUGAUCCCAAUCUCGUGUCUUGUGAGAUUUACAGCGAGGAGAGGUUUAUUGGCAGUGUUGUACAGGAAGCCAAACCUGCCAAGCCAAAAAAUGGAACAACAAUGGGCUCCUGUGACGGUCAAGGGAGGGUGACCUAUGAACACAAUGGCGAGUGGUUUUUCCUGCCAUACGGUCUCGAUGACAUAGUGGAUAACACUGGCAACACCCAGAUUAAACCAGGAGACCAAGUGACUUUCUUCAUUGCAACAGAUAAAAGGAAUGGAAACCUACAUGCUCGAAAACUCGAGCAAGUCGAGCCAAAAUUGACCAAAUAUCAGGGCGUAGUGUGCUCAAUGAAAGACUCAUUCGGCUUUAUUGAGCGUGCGGAUGUCGUCAAGGAGAUCUUCUUCCACUACAGCGAGUACAUGGGGAACAUUAAUGAAUUGUUACUGGGAGAUGACAUUGAGUUUGAGAUUCAGACUAGAAAUGGCAAGGAGGUAGCUGUGAAUAUCACACCUCUGCCAUCUGGCACGGUGAUCUUUGAAGAUUUUUCUAUUGAACGCCUCAAAGGGAAGGUGUUACGAACCCUCAAAUCAAACAAACGGGCAAGUGAUCCCUUAGGUGGGAAGAUACAGUUUGAAUCUCCAAAAGGGAGCCAGGACAUUGUUUUCGGUGACAAGGACCAGGAUGGGGAGUACACACUGCUGCCGGGAGACAUUGUAGAGUUCAGUAUAGCCACAGACCGGCGCGACAAAUUGCAGCGUGCCACUAAGAUUGUGCUCUUGGCUGAGACCUUUGAAAAGACUACGGAACGCAGAGAGACGGGGACGGUGGUAAGCCUAAAGGAGGGGUAUGGCUUCAUUCAGUGUGCUGAGCGAGAUGCACGCAUGUUCUACCACUUCAGUGAAGUUCUGGACGCCAAGUCGGAAACUAAAGUGCAGGAUGAAGUGGAGUUCACAGUGACACAGGACCCCACCCAGCCCAGUCGACAGGUGGCCUGUAGAAUUCGCAGCAUACCCAAGGGCUCCAUUGGAUCUGUCAUCGUUAAACCAGAAAAGUACAUCGGAACCAUUGAAAAGGAACCAGCCAAUCAAAAAAGCCCAAGUAAAAGCAGCAGCAAGGAGGAUACAGGGACAAUCAUCUUCGAUAUGGACGGUGCUAUACACAAGAUUGUCUACUACAUCAAGGACAUCAAUGAUCUGAGAAACAUACCCAGGUUUGGUGACAAGGUUGACUUCAACAUUGGAGAGCAGCGACGUCCGGGUGUUGCCGUGAGGAUGGCAGUGAACGUGCGACUAGUGCUGCGUAACCUUUCCGGCCGCUGUCAGGGUUACAUCGCAACGCUCAAGGACAACUACGGCUUUAUUGAGAACAUUGACCAUGAUAAAGAGGUCUUCUUCCAUUUCAGUUCUUAUGAAGGUACAGCCACUGAGCUGGAACUUGGUGACGAGGUGGAAUACAUGCUGACUCGCAAGAGCUCCAAACUUAGUGCAGAGAACAUCAAGAAGCUUCCGUCUGGCACCAUACCUGCGAAUGAGGAUGUGGUAGAGGAGCUGGGCAUACAGCAGGGCAAGGUGAUCCGACCCAUGAGGGUAGUGAACCCCGACCAAGAUGACUACCCUGGCCUCAUACAGGUCGGCUCAACAGAAGACGGCGACGUCCAGACUUACCCAUACAGCAUCACCAGUCUGGCAGACAAACGAGACUUCAUGCAGAAGGGGGACGUGGUCAAGUUCCGUGUCGCAGUCAACUCAUUGUCUAACGAACUUCGAGCGGUGAACGUGACGGCAGUACGACAGUUCAUACGGGCUAAGGUGGAGUCCGUAAAGGAUAAGUUUGGGUUCCUCACAUACGAGGCUGAGCCGGGCAGGAAGUUGUUCUUUCACCAGAGCGAAGUUGGAGGCGGCCUGGAGGUUGCUCCUGGCGACGAGGUGGAGUUUGUUGUCGUUCACAACCAGCGGAACAACAAGUACUCGGCAUGCAGUCUAAGGAAAAUCACGGAGAAACGUCGACCAGAGAGACUCCUGAGUCGACUGAAGAGUAUGAACGAUGAAAUGGUCGGCCCCAGGGUCGUAGUCACGCGGCCACCCAAGGGCCCUGACGGUACAAAGGGCUUCACACAGCCCCGAACCCCAUGGAAUCCUCAAGCUUGAUUUGAAACCCUUAAACAUGAGCUUGGAACCUUCAAUCCCUACUUGGAAAUCUAGAACUUAAAGCCAGAUUUGGGAACCAUAAUGUUUUGUUUUGGAACCAACUAGCCUGAUUUUGUAACCCAUUGUCCUGAUGUUAAGAGAACAAAUCAUAGGAAAAAAUUGUUUUUAAUAAAUUUGUUGUUACAAAGAAAAGAAGAAUCCAGAAACCUUUAGGAUACUAUUUAUCAAUUUGCUUUACAACAUUUUGCAUUCUGUUUGCAAUUCAGGAUUUCAUUUUAAAAAAAAAAUGACAUUUUUUAUAUGAAGAAGUGUUGAAGUUUGCAUGCAUUUACUUCAAAGUCUUAUUAGUUUUGUUAGAUGUGUAACAGUUUUUGGUUCCAGAAACUUACAAAUUGUUAUCAAAAAAGGACUGAACAAAAAUUUACUUUAUAAUAUGCUGUUAACACAUCUUCAUGAUUUUGUAUUCAUUGAUCAAAGGACUGGAGGCAUCCAUUGAUCCUCACAAAGCUUUUCAAGUGAACAUCAUGUAUGAGGUGUCAGAGCCUAAUACCUCAUGACCUAAUCAAACUUUCAAACGUGAUUGCGAUAAAAUUGACUUAGACAUUGUAAAUAUCUUUUUAAAAAUACAGUGAUUGAACUUUCUUGGUUUGAUCUUAAAAUAGCUUAACUUGUCAAUCAGUUGGUUGGGCAGUUGAAGUAAUUGAAAAAAAAAAUGUUCUUUUUUGUCCAGCUUUUAUUGGCAUCAUUAAUUUCAGCUUGUUUGGUUUUAUUAGGAACAUUAUUAUUGUUCUGGAUACCUCACUUUGAAGAGACUGUAAGCUGAGACAGGCUUCUAUAUUCUGAUUAUGGUAUGAAUGGAAGCCAUUGAACUAUUAAAUAAGUUUCAGUUUUCAGCUUUAUAAGGGAUUUUUUUCCCAAAAAUUUGUGAUGAUUCAUCAGACAAUAUUAGUCAAAAGGUAAUAUAUCAUGUCAGAAGCUUCAGUUAUAGAGUAAUCAUCAUACAUUUGUUUAUUAGAACAAGCCAUUUACUUAUAGCGGCCAUUCAUGUGGAGUUGUCAUUGAGUGUUCCAAACUUUUCAUACAUGACGGUUCAUUAACCCGACCGUGCAUGGCCUUAUAAUGCACAACAUGUUGCCAAAAUGUGAGCUUUUUAGUAGAGAUUAAGAGCAGAAUAUCAACUUAAGUGUGUGUUUUACACCUAAAAUUGUUAUUUGGUGAAGGCAUUGUUUUUAACACAGCUUCUUACAUUAGACAUAUCAUUGUCUUGAGCAAUCCCCAUGGUACCAACAGUUCUUUGCUAACGUUGGAUGAAUUAAAAAUAUUGUCCAAUUAAAAUGCUCGUUACAUUGGACCUUUGAUUUUCAUUGGUUAUAUGUUGACAAUUGGGACUUACAAUAUGUCUUUAGAAUGUUUGUGGUCAUGGGGCUUGCGUUUAUUCAAGAAAGAAAUGUUCUGGUGCUGGUAUUUGUCAUAUAAGUAUGUCAGUGCUAUGUGGCUUCAUUUUGUAUUUGUUCUGCGAAAACAGAGUUUAACACAUUAAGUGCAAUUGUUCAUCAGAAUCACACUUAUAGGUUGAAACAAGUAUUUAUUUGAAUUAUUUAUAUACAAAUAUAUCGUGCUCUUCGAUAUUAGUACCAAAGUGUGGUUUAAUAUUAUGAAACAAUGGCUUCAGCAAUAUAUAAAAUAGGUCUAUUUUAGCAGAAUUGAAUUCAGCAUAUGCAUUUCUUUAUUAGUUCUAAAACAAAAGUCUAGUCUUUUACGACAAAAAAUGUGCAAUACAUUUAUUUCUGUUGGAAAAAUGUGAUUAUUGGCUUUGAAAUCAUUUAUUUGAAGUCUUGAAGUUUGACGUACUAUGAAAAUAAAAUAUUUUGUUUAUUUAUUCUAAGAGAAACCCAACCAGUAAUCUGGUGCAAGUCCCAGAAAAGAAAUUUUUGUUCCAUUUGCCCAUACCAUAUUUGUUGUAAUUAUCAUUUUACGCAAAGUCAUAGAAAAAGUAAUAAAAACUGAAAAAGGAACAGAAAAAGUAAAAAAAAAAAAGAGUAAAACAUAUAUAAAAAUCAAAAGAAAAAUCAAGUGUUACCACAGCAUAAUGUAUGUUUGUGAAAUUGUAUGUUGUAUGUAUGUAUGUGCGUUUGAAAGCUGUAUGCCGGUAUAUGUAUGUAUUUCAAAAACUUUAAAAAGAUCUGAGAAACUUACAGUACUUAACUCUGUUGAGACACACUUUUGUGGUUGUACAAAGUGUUAUUUAUUGUUAUACAUAUAUUGCUUUCACGAGGAAUAGAGGAAUAGUUGUAUCUUCUGGGCAGGUAUUUUCCCAGUAGAGUAUGUCAAUAUUUAAGCCACAUAAACAUGCGCUUUGAAUCGCACCAGUUCUGCCAGGGUUGUGUUUAUAGGUUUUAUUGCAUUAAGUUGAUAAAACGUGUUCAGACGAUGGCAAAAUAAAUCAAAUGAUAACGUUUAUAA